CCUGCCGGCCGGUCCCUGAUCUCUGGGAACUCUUGGAGAGCUUUGUUUAAAGGCAUCUGCAGCCCACCCCUCAAUGUGUCGGGCGAACGUGGGAAGACUUCUUGGCCUUCUUGCUUUUCUUCUUCUCACCAUUGUGCACUACUCAUCGAGGCUCUCUCUCCCUUCCUUGGAUGUGUUUCCCAUCCGGACGCUAUCUCGAAAAAAGGACCAUCGCUUGAUCGGCGCUUCAUCGUGAACAGCCCCAUGGAAUUCAAAGUCCAGUUCUUCUCCCUCCUCCUCAAGGCCAUUCGGUAAAAUCGAAGCUCGCACACCUGCCGCGGGUAACCUGCGAUCGAUCUCCAGGGCUUUCCAUACAUCCCAAUCCCAUCCCCCCCCAAAUCGUGCCAGUCUCGAUAACCUGCCUCUGCUCGUGAGCUGUUCCGAACGAUUCGAGACGGGCGCCGCGCCGAAAGUCCCCCCCACUCAUUCGGGUCCCUUCUCGGGUUUCGUCCUCCGCAUUCUCCUCAUUCUCCUCAUUCUCCUCCUCCCGCCAUGUCGUCCACCGGCGUCGAGCGCGCCGGCGGCCCGCCAAACUACGGCUACUCCAACCACGGGCGCUUCCCGGACGAGAAGCUCGUUGGCGACGAAAAGGUGCUCGGCGGGCAGUACGGUGAGCCCCUUGAGAGCGGCUUCCGCUCCUCGCUCGACUCGGGCGGCAAGCAGGAUCACACCCAUCGCAAGCUCAAGUCGCGUCACAUCCAGCUGAUUGGCAUUGGCGGCACCAUCGGAACCGCUCUCUACGUCCAAAUCGGACGAGGUCUGAUCAACGGCGGCCCCGCGAGCUUGUUUCUGGCCUUCUCCAUCUGGUGCACCUUCAUCCUGGCCGUGACGCUCAGCAUGGCCGAGAUGGUCACCUACCUCCCCAUCUCGAGCCCCUUCAUCCGCUUCGCCGGCCGCUACGUCGACGAGGCCUUCGGCUUCGCCGCCGGCUGGAACUUCUUCGUCUUCGAGGCCGCCCUCGUCCCCUUCGAGGUCGUCGCCUGCAACCUCAUCAUCCACUUCUGGAGCGACGUCGUGCCCGCCGGCGCCAUCAUCGCCAUCAUCCUCGUCCUCUACGGCGUCAUCAACGUCAUGGCCGUCCAGUGGUACGGCGAGACCGAGUUCUGGGCCGCCCUCGGCAAGUUCCUCCUCAUCAUCGGUCUCAUCAUCUUCACCUUCAUCGUCAUGCUCGGCGGCAACCCGCUGGGGGACCGCUUCGGCUUCCGUUACUGGUACGAGCCCGGCGCCUUCAACGAGCUCUACUACGACGGCUCCCUCGGCAAGUUCCUCGGCUUCCUGCAGUGCCUCAUCCUGGCCUCCUUCACCAUCGCCGGGCCCGACUACGUCUCCAUGGCCGCCGGCGAAGCCGAGAACCCGCGCAAGAUCAUGCCGCGCGCCUUCAACGCCGUCUUCUACCGCCUCACCGCCUUCUUCGUCCUCGGCUCCCUCUGCGUCGGCAUCCUGGUCCCCUACAACGACGACGAGCUCACGCGCGCCUUCAAGGACGGCCAGCCCGGCGCCUCGGCCUCGCCCUACGUCGUCGCCAUGAACCGCCUCAAGAUCGGCGUCCUGCCCCAUAUCGUCAACGCCAUGGUCCUCACCGCCGCCUUCUCCGCCGGCAACAGCUACGUCUACUGCGCCUCGCGCUCGCUGUACGGCCUCGCCCUCGAGGGCAAGGCGCCCGCCUUCCUCAAGCGGUGCACCAAGAACGGAGUCCCGGUCUACUGCGUCAUCGCUGUCCUGCUCAUCGGCCUCCUGAGCUUCCUGCAGCUCAGCGCCAACACGGCCGUCGUCCUCGACUGGUUCGUCAGUCUCGUCACCGCCUCGCAGCUCAUCAACUUCGCCUGCAUGUGCACCGCUUACCUGGGCUUCUACCGCGCCCUCAAGGCCCAGGGCAUCAGCCGUGACUCGCUGCCGUACAAGGGCUGGUUUCAGCCGUACGCCGCCUGGUACGGCCUCGUCGGCACCUUCAUCAUGACCUUUGUUGGCGGAUACACCGUCUUCCUGCCCUUGGACGGGUACUGGAACAUUCCCGACUUUUUGUUCUCGUACACCAUGGUCGGCGUCUUCCCCGUCUUGUAUUUCGGCUGGAAGAUCCUCAAGCGCACCAAGAUCUUCAAGCCUGAAGAGGUCGACUUGCACCGGGACAAGGAUGAAAUUGAUGACUACGAAAGAUCCUUCGUGCCCACACCGCCUGCGAACAUGUUCGAAAGGAUUCUGGACAAGCUCUUCGGUUGAACACCACUCGUCACAAGUUCAGUUUGCGUCUUCGAGUUUCCAGAGGUGUGCGGUGUUAGGAAUUAGAAAGGCUUAGGAUACCCCAUGGACAGAAAUAAUGUAGGGGAUACAUGAUUCAAAAGACUGGAUGCUCUUGAGGUACUAGAGUGAUACAAAAACGAGUGCUUGACCAUUGGCCCAAACCCAGUUUCGCUCUAGAGGAAGCCAGGUUAACUCAAAGCCCGCUCCCCUCAUUUACAUCUCAAGAGUGCGAGAUGACAAUCGAAC